UCUUGUGCCUCUUCUUUCUUCCAUUACAAACACACUUGAAACUUUCCACUUAGUCUUUUUUUUUAUCCCCUCUUCUUUGGCUCCCACCAACCCCAAAAAACAAAAUAAAAAGAUCUAUAUCGUAUAUUGUCCGAAAACAAAGCAAAUAACCAAGAUGCCAGCCGAUAGCUUAUCAGUUUCCGGCCACGGCCAAACUAUUUGUGUAACCGGAGCUGGAGGCUUCAUUGCUUCAUGGAUGGUGAAGCUAUUGCUAGAAAGAGGCUACACUGUUAAAGGAACCUUGAGAAACCCAGAUGACCCCAAAAAUGCUCAUUUGAGGGAGCUUGAAGGAGCUACAGAGAGACUAAGUUUGUGCAAAGCUGAUCUCCUUGAUUAUGAGAGCCUCAAAGAAGCCAUUAACGGCAGUGAUGGAGUUUUUCACACAGCAUCACCUGUCACGGAUGAUCCAGAACAAAUGGUGGAGCCGGCGGUGAACGGAACCAAGAAUGUGAUUCAAGCAGCCGCCGAAGCCAAGGUGAAACGGGUGGUCUUCACAUCGUCAAUUGGUGCGGUGUACAUGGACCCCUCCAGGGGUCCUGAAGUGGUGGUCGACGAAUCUUGUUGGAGUGAUCUUGAAUUUUGCAAGAACACCAAGAACUGGUACUGCUAUGGGAAAGCAGUGGCAGAGCAGGCAGCAUGGGAGGAAGCCAAAGAGAAAGGGGUGGACUUGGCGGUGGUGAACCCAGUGCUGGUGCUCGGACCACUUCUGCAACCAACUGUCAAUGCCAGCAUCAUUCACAUCCUCAAGUACCUGACUGGCUCGACCAAGACUUAUGCCAAUUCAGUUCAGGCCUAUGUGCAUGUUAGGGAUGUCGCACUGGCUCACAUUUUGGUCUAUGAGACACCCUCUGUCUCCGGCAGAUACCUUUGUGCUGAGAGUGUGCUCCACCGUGGUGACGUUGUGGAAAUCCUGGCCAAAUUCUUCCCGGAAUACCCUAUUCCCAACAAGUGUAAAGAUAAUGGGAAACCCAAAGCAGAACCAUACAAAUUCACAAACCAGAAACUACGAGACUUAGGGUUGGAGUUCACACCAGUCAAACAAGCCCUAUAUGAAACUGUCAAGAGCUUGCAGGACAAGGGUCACCUUCCAGUCCAUACAAAACAAGAACAAGAUUCCAUUAAAAUUCAAUCUUAACUUAUACUUGUAGGAUAAAAAAUAAAAAAGAAGAAUAUAUGAAUAUGUGCAGCCCUUAAUCGUUUGUUUGUACGAACACUUAUCUUAUUUUGGUGUCUGUAUGAAUGCUGCGAUGGUAUUGUAAAACCAGUUUAAUUAUAGUACGUAGAUGGCAUGGUUUUCAGGGAGGAUGUUGUUUGCAGUCCCAUUUCUCUGAGGACAAAUGCUAUUUUUUUUUAUAAUGAAGACAAUAACAUCUUAAGCAAACGAA